AUGCAUUUCAUAUUCUACUUGAUUCUUUUAGUAUCUGCUGCUGAUUACGGUAACUUUGGCACGUACCCGAAAGUCCCUAAAACUGCUUCCAUUAACGGAUUUGCUGAUCCAAUUUACGACUUAUUGCCAAACUGUGCAAAGGAAUGUGUUAAAUUCAGUACCAGUAAUACCCCUUGUCCAUAUUGGGAUACUGGAUGUUUCUGUGUUAUGCCACAAUGGGCUGGUUUGGUUGGUCAAUGUGUUGCUCAAAAGUGUAAGGGAGAAGAUGUUGCUAGUGCUAGAUUCUUGGCUACCUCGUUGUGUUCAGUUGUUGGUGCCAAUACUUGGAUGAUGCCUGCCUCUAUUUCCUCAAUGCUUUCCACCGCAGCUGGAGACGCUAAAGAAGUCACUACAAUUGAAGGGAAAACUGCAAAAUCGUGGGUUACUGCUCCAGGAAGUGCUGCUGGAAGUAGUGUUUCGGAAACUGGUGCUGCUAGUGAAACCGGCAGUUCCGAAUCUGCAAAAUCAACUACAAGUGAUGCCUCAUCAUCGUCCUCCUCCACGGCUUCUUCAUCUGCUACAACCUCCUCAUCCCCAUCCUCUUCUGCUAAUUUUGCUGUUUUACAGACUGGAGGCAUCGGGUCGGUAAUUCUUGGCUUUAUGAUGUACUUUCUUGUAUAA